AUGUCUCACAAUUCUGGUAAGAAGAAAGCUGCUGGUCCGAAAUUUGUUACCAAUGAACAUGGAGUGAAAUUCAUGGGAGUCACUUCAUCUGCUUCAACACCUGUUAGGGUUACUCGAUCCAACGCUGCAAUGGCUUCAAAUCAACCCUCCGGUCCCUCAUCAAGAACAUUAGGUUCAAGAAUCAAGACCUCUGUGACAAAGAAGAAGAACAAAAAGGGAGAAGCUUCUCCCAUUGUGAGUCUCUCUGACGACUCUGCUGCAAAUCCUAGUGAUGAUCAACCCAAAAUCAUCCAAGAUGAACAAGUUGAUCAAGUAGUUGAAAACUAUCUUGAAAAAUUGGCCAAUGCUGCAGAAGACGAGAAGGUUGAAACUGCUAAUGAAGAAACUCCAUCUGUGGAGAUUUCUGUCCAGAAGACCCCAAUUUCCUCUUCCCAGAAAGAAACAAAAAGGAUGGUUUCAGAAGAAGAAGACGACUCUGGUGAUGAAAUACUAAUCAAGAAGACUACAACUUCUGUUACCAAGGCACCCAGAUCUGCAAGCAAGAAGGAUGCAGAGAGGAGAAGCAAGAAGAAGGAGGAUCCAAUGCACAAGACACCCAAGAUGUACAAAAGUUCUCAGGUACAAAUUCCUGAGAAGAAGAAAAAGAAAGAAAAGAAGAUUGAACCCUCUCCAGGAAGAAAAAGAAAGCAUGUAUCUGAUUCCGAUUCUGAGCCAGAUGUAAGACAAGAUGUUCCUGACAUUUCAACCACAGCCAGAAAAAGAAUGAAAGGUAAGAGGAUUCCAGUUAAUGUUCCUAAUGCUCCUGUGGACAAUGUGUCCUUUCAUUUUCUAGACUCUGCUCAGAGAUGGAAAUAUGUGGUUCAAAGGAGGCUUGCUAUUGAAAGGGAACUACAUGAAGAUGCCUUGGAACUCAAGGAAAUCAUGGAGGUUCUCUCUACUGCUGGUUUGAUGAAGACUGUCAAGGAUCUUGGCAGAUGUUUUGACAAGCUUGUUAGGGAGUUCAUUAUGAACAUCCCUGUUGCUUGUGAUGAUGCUACCAGUGCUGAGUACAGGAAGCAGAAGCCUUGUUGUUGUGGCUCAGGGGAGCCUGAUUUCAAUAGGGUUGCUACAACCCUUACUGGGAAGUUGGUCAGGAAGUGGCCUAAGAAGGGAUUGCUUCGAUAUGGGAGGCUUACUGCCAAAUAUGAUGUUUUCUACAAGAUUGGUACUGCAAAUUGGAUGGCCACCAAUCACUUGUACGGUGUGAUUCCACCUCUGGCCAGAAUGCUUUAUUUGGUUGGAACUGGGGGUGAGUUUGAUUUUGGGAAGCUGAUUUUUGAGCAGACUCUCAAGCCUGCUGGAUCAUAUGUUGUGAAGCUGCCUAUUUUGUUUCCUUGUCUUCUCUCAGAGAUCAUUGCACAUCAACAACCUACUAUUGUGAGGGCUGAUGAGUCUCAAGGUAAGAAGCCCCUGCCUCUCAUGUUUGAUUACCGGUUAUUUGCUGGGACACAUGUUCCAGACAAUGUGCUCUCUGCAGCAAAGGGAACUGCCAGUGCCAGUGGCACUAAGGCAGUUGGUUCAAGCAAGGAAGACAUCUUGGCUGAGUUGAAGGCUGUCUCCAAGUCUCUUGGUGACACUAUUCAGGCUUGCAAGGUCAGAAAAUUCAAUGUUGAUCAACUCAUCAAGACUAUGUCAGAUGUUGCAACUGCUGCUGCUGAGGAAGAAAGUGAAGAAGAGGAACCUUGA